GCGUGUCUGAGGCGGCUGUCGCACACGUGACACGGCAAACCGUGCGAAGAUUGCCAGAGAUGGAUAGUCACGGCUGCCCAAACGGUCAUCGCGAAGAAGAGAUUGACGCCGUGGCGAUGGCGGUGACUGCCGUCGUCGUGAACACGAUGGGCAACAUGGAGUCCUCCUCACGCGACAUGCUGAUGCGGCUCCGCCAACGAAGAGCGCUAUUGCAGAGUGUUGCCGAGGCGCCGGAUUGCAUGGCGACGUGUGAGGCAGUCGUCCAGUUGUGUGUCGUGCUGUCGUCUGGCGUUUUCCCGCGGCAGACUCCGCGGUGGUGGAUUAGACGACGGACUGGCAGAACAUGGGAGGACCUCCAGCUUCGUGACGACACGACGGACGAGUACUACCGGCAGAAGCUGCGCAUGUCGACGACCAUGUUCACACAGAUCGUAGUCGCGUGCGCCUCGUACAUGGAGAAGAAGGUGACGCACUAUCGAAUGUCAUUGCCAGUGGAGCAGGUGAUUGCUUUCGCGUUAUACAGGUGGGCAUCCGGAGAGACGUACGAGAGUGGCACGUCAGCCUUCGGCAUCGGCAAGGCAACUGGACUGCAGGCCGUCCGCGACGUUACUUCGGCGCUGCUGCAGGCGUACCCCGACGCGAUAAAGUGGCCAGUGGGCAAGAGACGUGCGCAGAUUCUGCGCGCUUUCUGUGACAAGGGUUUCCCAAACUGCUUUGACGCUAUCGACUGUACACACAUCUACAUUGACAAGCCCGCCGGCGCACCUCCUGGCAACUAUUACGACCGCAAAUAGAAGGUCUCCGUGCAGGCGCAGGUGGUUGUGGAUUUGGAUCUGCGGAUCCUCAACGUCCACGUAGGAUACCUGGGAAGUGUGCACGACGUCC